CCAAGAGGAGCAGCUUUCUGGAGUGUGCUGGUCAAGACCUCGUCUGGGCAGAGCAUCGAUUUCACGCCAACUAACUCAAUCAAACCCCACACAAGAUUUAAAAGAAACAUCAUGCAUUCAAAUGUUAUGGAAGACUGGAAACUUGAAAAUGUAAAGAUGGUUUACGACUGAUGACAAGUUAUGGUAUGAAUGAGCUCCAUGGUUGGGUCACUACAAAUGACACUUUUAAUUUUGAUUUAUUUAGAUGUUUAGUUUUCUUUCGAGGGAGCCUGAUGGAAAUAUCAUGAGGGCAGAGGGAAGUUGGUCUAAUAUUCUCCAUCAAUGACUGACUAAACCACCUCUGCAGAGCAAACCCGUAACAAUCUACAGUAUCCUACACCUGUUAACACAGGUUGGCUUGAUGACUCAGAAGAAACCCAAGUUUAACCUCCCUUUGUGCCGAGCUGAGAGCUCAGUUUGGAUAUCAGUUUAAUGCUAAUCCCUGUGUUGUCAUAGAAGCCAAUUUCAGGCCUGGUUGGAUCUCUCCCAAAUUUCCUCUAAAGUUGAGUGACGAUGACUCGCUAUUUUGCCACCAAGUUAUUUUCAGGAGAUGCUGACUUUUGAUUUUAGCAUAGUAAAUAGCAGCCAUCAGUUAUGCAUGAAAUCACAAAUCACUGUGCAUACUUGUUUUGCCUUAAUAGCUUGACAUUUUGGUUUUCAUGCAAAGAUGACUAUUAUGUAAAUGAGAAAAAAAAUGUAAAUUGUCAAGUCAUUGUUACUGUUUUACGAGUGGUUUGGCCUACAUAAUUCACAGUUGCAUUGUAUUUUUGAGGUGCGCUGAUCUUGAUCCAUUACUUCAUCCAUUGUCACUACCAUAUCACGUGUCAUGCAUCAGUCAAAUCUAAAAUGAUUCAUGGGUUCUUUGUUAUGAAAUAGAUGUUUACAUGCUUGUUUCGUUUGAUAUUUUACAUGUACAGAAUGUGAUUAGAUUUUGCGUAAUGGUAUCUAUGCAAAACUACAGCGAUUGGUUUAGGACUGUAAAAUGAAAAAGAUAAAAUGAACCAUUUCAAAAGGAAGCCAAUGUGCAAGGUUCUUACAGAAUGCACAGUGAUGGUGCCAUGUUUUAUUUCUUUUUGAUACUUUUGAAACUCUUUUCAUUUUUCUUUCAGAAUCGUACGGUGUAGAGAAAAAUGUGUCAUACAGUACAGUAGAAGCUCUCCUGGAUUACUCCCAAAGAUGUGACCUCAGUGUAGUUGAAAUAUAUAUAUUUUUCCAGACAAUUGAACUGCCUCGGUACUAGAACAGCAUUGUUGAUACAAUGAGAAUGUAUUUAGGUCACAUCUGUACAGCUGUGUUGUUGCCAUCUUGUCAUCCUCAUUGCCUCUUAUAUCUAGCCUUUAUGUACUGUAGGACCAAAUAUGUUUCACCUGUUAUUUCUUUGAUGUGGGAUACUGUUUUAUAUAUGACUUUUCUUGUUUCCUUGGCACGACACAGACACUGAAUAUCCGUUUCCCCGUCAUGCUCAUCUGUGCCCGUUAUCGAUCUGUUCCAUGUCUCUCCAGCCGUUGGUUCUGCAUUUAUAUGGUUUUAAGCAUUUGCUCUUUAAAAAACCCCUGCUGUGUUCGUGAGUGGAUCAUAACUGUCUCAUCUCUCAUAUCGCACUUUAUGUAUUAAUUUAAAACACUGAUUUAUGGCAGUUUAUAUAUACAUCCCCCCCCCCUGUGACUGUUAUGUGCACUGAAGCUGUUUGCCCUUUGAUUAAACUUGCCUUUCUUGUAAAAAGAAAAAAGAAAGAGAUAUGAAAAAAGCUUAAUUCAAUUAUAGUUAUUUUUGAAAAGUCAUAUACAGAUUUAAAAUAGGAGUUUUUACUUAAUCAGUGAGUAUUUUGUUAGCGGUCUACUGUUGCAGUUUUCCUGGAUUUUGAAAAACAUUUGUAUUUUGAGAGAAUGGUGAUUAGAGGUGUGUCAAUCACAUUGCUGCAGCUGUGUUUGCAGGUUUGAGAUUAGAGAUCUAAAAAAACAUAUGUAAUUAAUGUUUAUUAUUGAAAUAUUUAAAGAUGCAAGUAUAGUGGGAUUUCUCAGAAGAGUAUAUUUGAAAUGUGCAUAUUAUCACAAUAUAAAUAUAUUUUAAUUUAUUCCAGAUAUAAUUAUUUCUAAAAAGCCCAAACAUGGAUAUUCCACACGAUGAAAAAGGUAACUCUGUAGCUGCAACAUUAUUUCUGUUGAUGUGUUUCAAGUUCCUCUAGUGCCAACAUAUCCCACUAUUAUUCUCACAUAAUGUAAAUGUAAGUUUAAAAAAGGGAAGUUAACAAAUCUGUUAAAACUAAGUUGUUGAGCUUGAAGAUUUCCCCCCUUUUUUGUUAGAUAAAUCACAUUUCUGAAUUUUUAUCUUUUCCUCCUCCACCUUUUUAAUAUUGUUGGGACAGCAUGAAUAACUACACGUUUCCCCCUUUACAGCUUGGGUUUUGUUUUCUUUCAAGGGUGGAGUCAACUUUGUUUGUCAAAGUGUUUUGAUUUUCUUGUUUGGUAAUGUUGUCCUUUGUUCUAUCUAUUCAGCGUCAUGUGUCAACUAAUGUAUCUGCUAAGUGAAGCCUAAAAGCAUCGGAAAUAUGGUAAUCAGCCUUUUAUGCACAUGUAAGCUUUUGUUUGGUACUAUGUUUUACACUGCACUAUACUGUGUGUGCUUAUUUUCUGUGCAACACCAACAGAGUUUUAUUAUGUCAUGGUAAAUCUAGACUAGCUUUGUAUAUUGCUGUAUGGUAGGACUGAUGUUUUUCGUGCUUUAUGUGAGAUGAUGUCAAAGUGAGAAAAUGCACUGAGAAAUACUCCGCUGCAAUAUGUCAUUGUGGCUCGAUAUUCUCUGCUGGACCUCAGACUUUAUAGAGAGCCUGAAAUUUUUGUAGGUCCAUUUUCUGUUUUGCUUUUUUUUGUGUUCAUGUAGAUAGCUCUGAUGUGUCGUUACUGCCCCCUUCUUUUGCAUCAACGUUCAGGCAUCCAUUGGUAAUAUACCCGUGUUUACAGAGACAAGAGUUUACAACAGAGCAAUGUUUGUUUUACUCUCCAUAAAACAUGUUAGUUGAAUACUGUAUCAGGAAUAUCAGACUACAUAUGAACAACUUGCAGUGUAGAAAAGCAAACUUAUUUUGCUAUUUCGAUUUACUAUUGAAGCAGUAAUGUAAUUUCAAUACUAUGCCCUAAAUAAUACAUUAUAUUUGAUGAGGUUUUGAAGUCAAGUUUUCUUUGUUCCUCAUUCAUUAGCAUUUCGACACCCUAAAAGCACUUUUUAUUUAAAUUACAGACUUUUAUUUCUCAGAAAUUCCACUUCUUAUAACUUACUAUGAGCAGCUACAUGUCAUCCAAAUUCUUUUAACAAAGUAGGUAAUAUUUGGAUUUUGUUCAAUUUUGUUUUAUAGUCAAUCUUUCAUCAGCACUGUAUACUCUUUUCUCUUUUAGUAUUAAUCAGCAGUUGAACCAGAAAGCCAAAGUACAAAACAGCCAUAAAUGAGAGAAUACUAACAUUGUUUUUCAAAAUAUUGUAUUGGGGUACGAGUUAUUUCAUAUAUCAACUAUGAACGUAUGCAACAAUGCAUUGUUUACAUUGAACAUCAUAACAGAAAUUAUUACAGCAUAACUUAAAAAGAGAUGCGACUAACACAUCCUACCCAUUACAUGGGCAAUCUCUUUUCUGCAUGAUGCUGAAUUCCAAAAUAUCUCAGAAAAUACCUUGACAUAUUCUAUUUUGCUUCGUUUUGCUUUGUUUUAUUAAUCUGCUGUCAAACACUAUUUUGUAGUGAACAUUACUAUAUACAUAGUGUCGCAUAAAUGACAUACAGUAUGAAAUAGAAUAAUAAAUAUCAGAUACAAAUACUGUGCAGUCAUGCUAUAUAUAUAUAUAUAUAUAUAUAUAUAUAUGUGUGUUGACUUUACAAUAGGUUAAAACAUAAACUAAAUCAGGAAGAUGAAACAAAGUAAUAGUGCACAGUCACUGAGUGGGUUCCCCACUAUGAAUCCUUUGUGUGCAUUUCGAGGACGGCCCGCUGCUGGUUCAAGCCUCAUACAAUGGCAGCUAAAUUGUUAUACAAUGUUUUUUGUUUCUGAGAACAGUGAUACUAUUCCAAACACUGCACAUGCAUUUUACUGCCGUGAAGGGGUGCACUGCGCUCCUAUACUACGCUCGCAGCAACAGGAAACAUGAUGCUCAUAGAAUAUGCAUACUAGCAUUCUGCAGCACAGCUUGGCAAGUUGGUACUUUUUUGACUUAACCCUUUAAAAUUACGUGGUUCAAACCUUGUUCUUCAAAUUGUGUGUUUUCUAUUUAAACUGUCAAAUCGGACCAAAAUAACCCAAGUUGGCUGUUAGUGUGUGCUAUAUAAAAGAUGAAUUAUGCUUGUUUGAAAUGUACCUGAUGUAUUUUUCUUGUGUGAAGGCUUCUGUCUUUGUAUCUUUGCAUUAUUAUUUGUAAAUUAAAUAAAAAUAAAUAUAUCUGACAAAGCAAAUAUGUUUCUUUAAUAUUAUUUUUGUCAGUAGGUGGACAACAAAAAUUUAUAAAAAACAACAAACCACAACAGUAUUUACAUGAUGAUGAUGAUGAUAACAGCCCCCAUAAUUGGCAUAACUCAGACUUUCACACCCACUACACAGCUUAACGCCCAGCAUUUGCCCUGCCUCUCCCACUCUGUCCACACUAACAGUUGGACUGAGUGGACACUGGACAUUUUGCAUGUAGGAUGAAUAUGACAAAAGUAAUAACCAAAAUGACUAGAAGUAAGAUGUCUGUCUUUUCUACAUGAGCUAGGGUUCAUGGUUAUGUUGCGAAUGUUUUUAUGCCAUAUAUAUUACAACACACAAAUUAUAAUAUGUCUUUCCACUUUUUGCUUUAUUGGCAAUACUCAUAUAACCAAUGACUUUUACCUCAGCAAAUACUAUGACAAAUGUAUUCUUCUUAAGCCACUUAUAAAUAUAUCUGAAUGAACAAAAACUAAGCCUGACAGAUCCCCCCAAAGAAUUAGCACUUCAGUGACUCAACUUUAAAGGCCAAAUGGCUUAACAAUGUCUUACAACCAAUCUGGUCCAAUGAUGCAGCAUCUUCUCUUGGAAGCUGAAUGACGCCGUCUGCUGGUGGAAUGACGCAAUAUAAAGUCAUCAAUAUUGAUAAAUCUCAAGAACUUGCACGUUAUGGAGAGAAAAAAACAUCCAGAUCACACUUUAAUUUGAAUAUAUGCCACUAACGUGAUCUUUAGUACGUUUCCAAAAUCAAAUAAUUUGUGUAUCGUAGCAGAUUUCUGUGUUGGUCAUAGGCUGCUUAAAAUUCCGCUACAUACCACCGACAUAUGAAAUAGUCGUGUACAUAACAGCGGAUCAGCUCGACGUUCACACAGAAGCAGUGGAGGACGCCCUGAAACCAUCAGCAUCACCCGAAGAGGAGGCGAACGGCGGGGAUGUUGACUUGGUUACGUGCGGACGUCAAAGCGCACACGACGUAUCCCAGCAUGCAGCAGGAGGCCGUUGAGCGAUCCAGCAGUUGGCAGUGAGUUGCUAGAGCGCCCAGCAGGCAGCAGCCAACGGGCAACACUGAGCACACGUUUCCAUGUGAGAAACCCCGAGCCGUCCACCUCACAGGCGACAGAAGAAUAUGCCGCUCGGCCGCCCGGCGUGUUACCGCAGCGGCUUCUGAGUCACCAUUGUCCGCAGGUUUUUCGGAGGAUUCCUCCCUCCAUCCCCCGGAUCGCACCGAACGGGCAAUGACAACGGGCUCGGCUACCCCGCAGCAGAUGAGGGACCGGCUGCUGCGGGCCGUCGACAGCCACAGCAAUAUAUGCAAUAUGGUGGCUGUAAUGGAGGUAAUUUCCGGUCUUGAAAAGUAUCCUAUCACCAAAGAAGCACUUGAGGAAACUCGACUUGGAAAAUUGAUCAAUGAUGUAAGGAAGAAGACCAAGAAUGAAGAUCUUGCGAAGCGUGCGAAGAAACUCUUAAGAGCAUGGCAAAGGCUGAUUGAACCUGGGCCCGCUGUGACUGGCAGUGCUCCUGGCUCUACCAAUGGCAGUUCUCAUCCCUGCAGAACAGAUUCCUCUCCUCCUGACAUUUCUGUGUCUGGGAAGGGUGUCCCUGAAGUCAAAAUCCGAAACGAUGUUCACAACACAGACUCGCCAAAAGCUGAGAAAUCUAGCAGCCGCAAACGACGAGCAGAGCACAGGGACAGCGGAGUGAACUUACCAGAAAAAAUCUCCAAGAUGUCUUCGUUUGAUGUCUCCGUUUCCCCUCCACCCACUAAUGGGAUUGCAGGCAGUCCUGAUGCGCCGCCUGACCAGCAAGUUGUCUCGUCUCCUGACAGAUCUCGGAUAGAGCACCUUGAUAAUGAUAAAAUCAACAGAAUUCCGGUUAAUGCUGUCAAGCCUCGUCCUAGCUCGCCUGGAGCGGCCAAACUACCUAGCACUUCCUCUAUGAUUAAAGUUGCUGUGAUGCAGCAACAGACCAGAUUGGAUGAAGGAGCCGGAAAUUAUCAAGCCAAAAGUCCCCGUGGCCUCACUUCCAGUCCAAGGAGCAUGAAGCAAGAAAUGGUGAACAAGCGCUCUUCAGCAUAUGCUCCCAAAGGAACACCUAUCCCAAGCCCUUCUAUGGACUCUCCAUUGUCUUUGUCCCAGCCUGUAUCUUCCCCAGCCCAAGCGUCAUCUGCUGACAAAUUGCCAAACUCUUCUCAUAGGUCAAUGCACUGGACCAGUUCGUCAGAAGUCCCCUCUCAUUGUCCACCGCAAGACAUAUCUUUAACACUGGAAUCCCCAUCAGUUUCCCUUUCACCCUCUAAACCACAAAACAACUCAGAACUACGUAGACCAACCCCUGGGGUGGCUAUGCCUGUGUCUGAUACCACAGAAGGGACAACGGUUCCCAACUCGGAGCAUAAAAGGAGGAAGUACAGGUCAAGAGACUACUCUGUCAACCUAGACGGUCAGAAAAUAGAGGACACGACUAAACCUGUACGGUUAAAAGAACGCAGAUUAACAUUUGAUCCGGUCACAGGUCAGAUCAAACCUCUGGUGCGAGAGCCUUCUCAAACAGAGAAGGUCUCCACUUCUGACCUUGCAGAGUCUAGACAGAGAACUGAAAGCACUGUACAACCGCCCGCUGCUCCGAACCCAGUUCCAAACCCAAGUCCCAGCCAAAAUCCUUUCCAUCAAACAAACUGGAAGGAACUGUCCAGAAAUGAAAUCAUCCAGUCUUACUUGAACAUUCAGAGUAAUGUGCUCACCUCUUCUGGGGUCCGGGCCCCUAGUGCACACUUUUUCAUGUCAGAAUAUCUGAAAAGGGAAGAGCAGGAUAUCAAGGACUCACGGAAGAUACAUGUUCUGCAGACGGACAACUCGGUCGGGGAAUUACCAGCUUUGAGUCGGGAGGUGACGGUCGGAGACCUGGACAGGGUUCACACGCAGCACUGGCCAGGGGUGAAUGGCUGUCUUGACACCGAGGGCACCUGGUUUGAUUGGACAGAGUGCAUAUCAUUGGACCCGCACGGGGAUGAAAGCAAAUUGAACAUCCUGCCAUAUGUUUGCCUAGACUGAGGGGCUUGGGAAGGUUGCUGUCUUUUUCCACUCCUUUCUUCGUCUCCCCAAAGAGACGAGAUACUUUGUGAUUUUGUUUGGCAAAAGCCAGGUCUGCUAAACUCCCUCCCCCAUGCCUCCUCCUCUUUCUGUGAUAAUCUAAUUACAUUUUGGUAUAAAGAGUCAAGAUUAAAAGAAUAGUUAAGUUUGCAAUACCAAGGGCUGUUUCUGUUUUAUUUUUCAAACUGAAAACCACAGGAAUGACAAGGCCCUAGUUGCAGUGUGCUGAUCUGAACACUGGCAGCAAGAAAGAGGACAGAAUUAUCACAGACAACCGUAAAUAAUGUUAUGAUGGGAAUUUUUGAUGUUCUGAUUCGUACCUCUAUUUCAGCCUCACUGGGAUGAUAAUGUUUUCGUUUUUCUUUUUCUUUUUUCAAAUCUUGUCUAGUUUCUUAUAAGGAAUUGCAUUCUAGGUUUGCUUUUGAGGAAAGGCCGGGGUUUAGCUGUCCUUUCCAGACCGCCAUGUUGGUGCCCAGUAAGGUGUUGAUAGAGUUCAUCUAGCACAGGUAGAGCCGACAUGUCCAGAGUAUGAAAUACUGGAUCGUAUCGGGCAGGUACAAAGAAGCUUUAUGUGAGUUAUGAAGAGUAAAUUAUAAAUUUCUUAUGUAUACAUCUAUUUAUUUUGACCAGUUCAUUUACGGGACAUUCAUCCAAACAGACGUUCAGAAACUAUUUUCUCCUGUCAGUCUAAACUUCACUGUUAAAGCGGUAUACACAUGUUUCUGCGUGGUCUUUCUUUAAGACUGGCCAAUGCAUCCGGUCAGUAACAUUCCAUACUCCACCCGUCGCCCUCUUUCUCUCGCUCUCGACACACAGCUCCUGUCUGCCCAACUCGGCUCUCAAAAAUAAGUGUAUUCAGAAAAAUGAUUUGGUUCAAAGUGGUUUAAUCAUAGUGCAGUGUUUAUUUUAAAUUAAUUAAUCUGAAAAUUCUACCCACGCUUAAGAUAUUCGAUAAUGUCAAAUCAGAUGGUGCUGAUCAAUAGUUGCAUUUCGAGACUAUAUCAAGGAGUUAAUUGGAUACUGGGACUCGCGUUUCUUUUCCUUUUAGAUAUCAUUUGCCUCCUGGAUUUUCAUCACAAUAUGUUUGUGAGUUUAACGGCCUUAGUGAAUGUACGUGAUUGACACCUUAUGCACUUGUUCAUAAGUUGACAACUUGUUGUUCAUUUCAUCACUGACUGAAUUAAAAUGUGAGUGGUGACUGAUGCUCCCCCAAUCUAUGUGCCCAUAGUUUAUUCAAAAUGUAUUUAAUGUUUUUGCAGCUGUUUUAGAGUAAAAAAAUAUUUAGGAUGCCGUUUGGCGAGCAUUUCUUCUUGCAUCCUGUUUCCAAUACAGCAAACGUAAAAUGCUUAGCGGGAGAAAGCUGUGUGCAUCAGAUAUGUUUGGCAUUUUCCAUGUGACAACUAAUACUUUUUGAUUUCCCUUUAUACUCAUCAGUCACUACCAAUUUUUCUCACAUGACGUAAAUUAAGAUUGGCUUCUGCGCCGCCUCUGUCGUUUCAUUCUUUCAGUCAUUCAUCCCUACCAAUGUGCCUUGGUAAAUGGUAAUUCUGGAUUUGAUUCCGCAUAAAUCACGCCUGUCCGUGGAGUUGCGAGAAUUGCAAGUCCCAGGAUCAAUGUGACGCUGGUAUAUGCACCGUUUCUGUAACUUUUUGUACACACUGAUCCAGAGAGGGUGAAGCUGCAGACAAUGAGAAACUGCACAACAACGCAGCUGGCAAUAAAGGAAAAGUGCUACAACUGGUUGAUUAAGAAUCUGUUUUCUGGAGUUUUGACUGGGUCAUAUUUAUUUGUUCAGUGUUUAACAUCUCUCCAUUGUUUGAAAAUAAAAUGAUCUAAAUCUUCA